GGGGAUCCUGACUGGCAGACUGGCAAAACUUGGGGCCCCGAACACGCGUGGAUACCCUUUCCCCAGCAGUAUCCAUCCACCCAACAGCAAAUCGUGUUAGCCGCACAAAUUACAAGUCACCCCGUGGGACCGUUGCUGGUAUGAUGCCGGCCUACAUGGAUCUCGCUUAAUGCGGGCAGAGAUUCCCCAGUGGAGGAGGGUCCGGUGGCGCGUGACCAAUGUCCGCGGACAAUCAGUCCCCCACUGCCCAGGUGCGCGCUGUUCACUGCGCGACAGUUGCCGAUAAUAUGAGCCUCUGCUCCCCCGGUUUUCCUUUGGUCCUUACUCGGUGUCUCUGGCCUCGACUUGCUUGAUCCAUUUCCUUUCUUUUCCCCUCACCCACCACGCUGGUGUCGACGAGAAGCACGCAAAUCCACGACAUGUCGUCCCAAAGCGAUAUCGAGGCGACCAAGGAGGUGCACCAGAGCGAGCAUGUCGAGAACGAGAAGGGCCGCACCGGCCACGUCGACGUUCUGGCCAACGCCGACGUGAUGCACGAUGCCUUCGAUGGCGAGGCCCGAGAGCACGAGAUGGGCCUCUUGGAAGCCAUCAAGACAUACCCAAUGGCUUGUUUCUGGGCUUUCCUCAUGUGCUUCACUAUCGUCAUGGAGUCCUUCGACAUGUUCCUCAACGGCAACUUCGUCGCCCUUCCCGCCUUCAAGGAGAGAUACGGUGUCCACGUCGCGGGAUCGCUUGAAAAGGCCAUCGAGACCAAAUGGCAAAGCUCCCUCUUCCAGGCCGGUCAGUGUGGUGCGUUCAUCGGGGUCCUGUUGGCCGGCCCCAUCACCAACCGGAUCGGCUACCGCUGGACCACAUUGUUGGCCCUGGUGAUGAUGACCGGUACAAUCUUCAUUUCCUUCUUCGCCCAAUCACUCGAGGUUCUCGUCAUCGGACAGGCCUUUGAAGGCGUCCCCUGGGGAUUCUUCAUUGCCAACUCCCCGGCCUACGCCAGUGAGAUCGUCCCCUUGGCCCUCCGUGGUGCCUGCGCCGGCACGCUCCAGAUGAGUUGGUCGAUUGGCAGCAUCAUUGUCGGCGGUGCCACCUACGCCCUCAACCAGCGGAACGACGAAUGGUCUUGGCGAAUCCCUCUCGCACUGCAGUGGAUAUUCCCAGUUCCCCUCAUGGUCAUCCUCUUCUUUGCGCCCGAGUCUCCCUACUGGCUCGUCCGCCACGGGCGUAAGGAUGAGGCCCUCCGCUCGAUCCAGCGCCUCGGACGCCAGUCCAAGAUAAACGCCCACAACGAGCUUGCCAUGGUCGAGCGAACGGUCGAGAUCGAAGCCAGGACAGGCGGCGAUCCCAAGCUGAGCGACCUUUUCAAGGGCACCGACCUGAGGCGGACAAUAAUUACCUGCUUGAUCUACACGUCUCAGAACUUUGCCGGUAACCUGAUUGCCAACCAGGCCACAUUCUUCUUCGAGCAGGCCGGCAUGUCGACCAACUUCUCCUUCCAGCUCGGCCUGAUCAACUCAUGCCUGCAGUUCGUCGCCAACGUCGGCUCCCUCUUCAUCUCCAACUGGUUCGGCCGCCGCACCAUCUACCUCUGGGGCACGGGCGUCAACAUAACCUUCCUCAUGCUGCUGGGCAUCUGCGCCUCGAUCGCCCAGAACACGGGCACCAACUACGCGCAGGCCAUCCUGGGCAUCUUCAUCUCGUUCGUCUACGCCGGCUCCCUGGGGCCCAUCACCUACUCCAUCAUCUCCGAGACCUCGGCCGUGCGCCUGCGCGCCCUCAGCACGGGCGUCGGCCGCGGCGCCUACUACGUCACCGAGAUCCCCAUGAUCUACCUCGCCUCGCAGCUGCUCAACCCCACCGGCUGGAACGUCGCGGGCAAGUGCGGCUUCGUCUGGGGCGGCACCGCCUGCGUCUGCUGGGUCAUGGCCUUCUUCUUCCUGCCUGAGCUCAAGGACCGCUCCUACCGCGAGAUCGACAUCCUCUUCCACCGCAAGACGCCGGCCAGGAAGUUCAAGUCGACCGUCAUCGAUGUCCAGGACAACGAGUAAGGCUGUUUGUGUUGCUGAGGGAUAUGGGCAUAAAGAACUUGCUGCUAGUCCUUGCACGUGCGUCAGCUGGUUGCGCGUUUCAUGAAUACACGGUCUCUGUGAAGAGCAAGCCACGGACAGACUUGAUAGAUAUACGUCAUCUAAAUAUAUUAUACAUGUUCAAGAA